AUGAAAAAGUUUAAGAGGAGACUUUCCUUAACCUUGCGUGGAAGCCAGACCAUUGAUGAAUCACUGUCUGAGCUAGCAGAACAAAUGACAAUUGAAGAAAACAGCAGCAAAGAUAACGGAUCUUUCAAGAAGCCCCCUUUACGGAGACCACAUAGCGUCAUAGGGGGCAGCCUCGGCUCUUUCAUGGCAAUGCCCAGAAAUGGGAGCAGAUUAGAUAUUGUUCAUGAAAAUCUGAAAAUGGGGUCAGAUGGUGAAAGUGACCAAGCUUCUGGAACAUCAUCUGAUGAAGUUCAGUCUCCCACAGGUGUUUGUCUCAGAAACCGGAUACACAGACGAAUCUCAAUGGAGGAUUUGAACAAGCGUUUGUCCCUGCCUGCUGACAUCAGGAUACCUGAUGGCUAUCUUGAAAAGUUGCAGAUUAACAGCCCGCCAUUUGAUCAGCCAAUGAGUCGACGUUCUCGUAGAGCAUCACUAUCAGAAAUUGGAUUUGGAAAAAUGGAAACCUAUAUCAAGUUAGAAAAGCUUGGAGAGGGUACUUAUGCAACAGUUUAUAAGGGGAGAAGUAAAUUGACAGAGAACCUGGUAGCUCUGAAAGAAAUCCGCCUGGAACAUGAAGAGGGAGCACCGUGCACAGCCAUAAGAGAAGUGUCAUUAUUAAAAGAUCUGAAGCAUGCAAAUAUUGUUACAUUACAUGAUAUUGUGCACACAGACAAGUCUUUGACUCUUGUUUUCGAAUAUCUGGACAAGGAUCUGAAGCAGUACAUGGAUGACUGUGGUAACAUCAUGAGUAUGCACAAUGUAAAGCUAUUUUUAUACCAGAUUCUUCGUGGUUUGGCAUACUGUCAUAGGAGAAAGGUAUUACAUCGAGAUCUGAAGCCACAAAAUCUACUAAUUAAUGAGAAAGGAGAACUGAAGCUUGCAGACUUUGGAUUGGCUAGAGCAAAGUCGGUUCCUACAAAGACCUAUUCCAAUGAAGUUGUCACGUUAUGGUACAGACCACCUGAUGUUCUCCUCGGAUCUUCAGAGUAUUCAACUCAAAUUGACAUGUGGGGCGUCGGAUGCAUAUUUUUUGAAAUGGCAUCAGGAAGGCCUCUUUUUCCUGGUUCGACUGUUGAAGAUGAACUGCACUUAAUUUUCAGACUUCUGGGAACCCCAUGUCAAGAAACAUGGCCAGGCAUUUCUUCCAGUGAUGAAUUUAGAAACUACAACUUUCCUAAGUAUAAACCACAACCCCUCAUCAACCAUGCACCAAGGCUAGACACAGAAGGAAUUGAAUUGAUAGCGAAGUUCCUUCAA